GCGUCACCAGAUUCAGACCCAGCAGCAGCAUCUGAGACGCCGAUGGAGAAGCAGCAGCAGCAGCCGCCCUGAACCCCGGAGAGAAGAAGAGGAAGGCGAGCGGGAUCCUCGCCCAGGGAUUGCUCUUCUUCCGGGAGAGAAGAGCAGCCAAGGAAGGGAAACAAGCCCCUAAACUUCCCUUCUGCUGCUGCUGCUGCUGCUGCAGAGAGAGAGAGAGAGAGGGGCCGGCUCUGCCUUUUCCUCGCUGGCUUUUGGGAUUGUACAGACGAAGGAAGGGGAAGAGAGGAGGACUUUUGAGGCCAGAGAGAGAGAGAGAUCUGCGGAGGAAGGGAGGCCAUCGGGCCUUUGGCUCUCCCUGGCCCCUGCCUCCUUCCCCUCCUCCUCCUCCAUCCUCUCUCUCUGCCUUGGCAGAAGUUCAGCGCCGGAGGAGGCGGAGGGAGAGGCUGGCCCUUCCCCAGGAAGACUGGGAUCUUCUGCUCCUGAAGACGGACGGAGAGAGAGAGAGAGCGAGAGAGCCCUAGCCUUGGAAACGCAGCCCCAUCUGCCUCUGCUCCGUGGCUCCUUGGGUCCAGGUGAGCCGGGAUGCCUCCUCCUCCUCCUCCUCCAUCAGGAACCCUUUCAAAGACCCAGCUCUAGCUGUCUAUGAAGGCCUUUCGCCCUCCUCCUUGCUGUGCCCCCGCCGCAUUGGUUCAGCGGAGAGCCCCCCGGAGCCUCUUGGAUGCGAGACUCUGCCCCUCCGGGGCUGCCAGGAGCCAAGGGCCGGAGAGAUGCCCCCCGGGGCUGGGGCUGCUUCCGGGGCCGGAUCAUGAAGUGUCUGACUUUCUUUCUUCUGCUUCCAGAGACCUUCAAGAGCAAGUCCAAAAGGGGCCUCCUCCUCCGGGCCGGCGCCAAAGCGGGGCCGCCAUGCGAUGAGACCCUGCUGCCCCUGGCUCUCCGCAAGAAGAAGAUGGCUGCGGAACUUUACCCGGCCUCCGCCACCCUCGACGCCAGCAACGCUGCCAACGCCGCCAACGCCAACGCCAGCAAGAAGAGCGCCCUCCAGCUCCAGCAGAGCUGCCAGCCCCCGCCGCCUCUGCCGCCCCUCCAGAACCUCAACAACAACAACGUGGAGAGCGCCAACUGGCAGUCCUUCCACCCCACCCUCAGGGAGAGAAACGCCCUCAUGUUCAACAACGAACUCAUGGCCGACGUGCAUUUUAUUGUGGGCCCCGUUGGGGCAGCCAAGAAAGUUCCUGCUCAUAAGUAUGUUUUGGCGGUUGGUAGCUCGGUCUUCUACGCUAUGUUUUACGGAGAUCUUGCAGAGGUCAAAUCUGAAAUCCAUAUACCAGAUGUGGAACCUGCAGCCUUUCUGAUCUUAUUAAAGUACAUGUACAGUGAUGAAAUUGACCUGGAAGCAGACACGGUGCUUGCUACUUUGUACGCAGCCAAGAAAUACAUUGUCCCGGCCUUAGCAAAAGCUUGCGUCAAUUUUCUGGAGACGAGUUUAGAGGCCAAGAAUGCUUGCGUUCUCUUGUCUCAGAGCAGACUGUUUGAGGAGCCAGAGUUGACGCAGCGCUGCUGGGAAGUCAUUGAUGCUCAAGCUGAAAUGGCACUGAAAUCGGAGGGCUUCUGCGAAAUAGAUCAACAGACACUAGAGAUCAUUGUGACACGGGAAGCACUGAACACGAAGGAGGUCGUCGUGUUUGAGGCAGUCCUGAACUGGGCCGAGGCUGAAUGUAAGAGACAAGGGCUGCCAAUUACACCAAGGAACAAGCGGAAUGUAUUAGGAAAAGCUUUGUACUUGGUACGGAUUCCAACCAUGACUUUGGAAGAGUUUGCCAACGGAGCCGCUCAGUCUGAUAUCCUUACUCUUGAAGAACGGCACAACAUUUUCUUAUGGUAUACUGCUGCCAAUAAACCCAAGUUGGAAUUUCCACUGACAAAGAGGAAAGGACUGGUCCCUCAAAGGUGUCACCGAUUUCAAUCCUCUGCGUAUCGCAGCAAUCAAUGGAGAUACCGAGGUCGGUGUGACAGUAUCCAGUUUGCUGUAGAUAAAAGGAUAUUUAUAGCUGGACUGGGAUUGUACGGGUCAAGCUGUGGAAAAGCCGAAUACAGUGUCAAAAUCGAACUGAAGCGGCUAGGAGCUGUUCUGGCUCAGAACCUGACAAAGUUUACCUCUGAUGGAUCUAGUAACACUUUCUCAGUAUGGUUUGAGCAUCCUGUGCAGGUUGAGCAAGAUACCUUUUACAAUGUGAGUGCCAUUCUGGAUGGCAAUGAACUCAGUUAUUUUGGACAAGAGGGGAUGACUGAAGUACAAUGUGGAAAAGUGACAUUCCAGUUCCAAUGUUCCUCAGACAGCACCAAUGGCACAGGAGUACAAGGGGGACAAAUACCUGAACUCAUUUUCUAUGCAUGAUGCAUUUCACUUAGGUUGUAUUCUAGGACUGCUCUGUGGAUUAGGGAUGCUUUGAUUUGAUUACAAAGAUUCCAAAGCAGCAUGGAAUGUUACGCUACUUACUUAUCUACUUACCUUGACCAUCAGCCUAUCAAAACUAAGUGAAGGAAUGCUCUUGAAUUUAAUCUUAUUUUAUUUAUUCAUAAGCUAUUUGACUUAAUUAUUAAACUGCAACAUGCAGAAGAGGGGACAUUUUACAAAUUGCACACUGAGUGCAUUUAUUUUGUAUAUAGAUGACUAACUGACAGACUGCAAAUGACUCAAACAGAAUGUUCUAAAGUAGAGCGGUUUGAGAAUCUGUUGAAUAUAAAACAUUUUUACUUGUCCUAAA